AUGUCCGACAUCGAGGACAACGACUCCCGCCAGGCGUCAGCCGCGCCUGAGGACGAUGCCAUGUCCGACCGCGACUCCGAUAUCCUGUCCGACGUCGACGUCGGCGACCUCGAGGAGUACGAUCCCCUCAAGGCCAACAUCGAGCAGCGGCCCGUGGACAUCGACGAGGACGUCGCCAAAUCUCUCAAGGCUACCAAGCGGAAGCGCGCCGAGGGCGAGACGGCAAAGAGGCCCAAGGAGGGCCGAAGGCCCAAGAAGCGCCGCACCGAGGACGGCGACGAGGUUAGCGCCGCCGACGGCACCAUAAUCGAGGGCAAGAGGCGGCGCGCCGGCGCUGGGGAGGGCGGCGGUGGCGAGAAGAAGUCCAAGGCCCGCUCCAAGCGGCCGACGCCGGAGCCGGAGAACGACGAGCACCUGACGCCCGAGCAGAGGCGGGCGAGGGCCAUCGAGAAGGCGAUGGAUGCGGCCAUCAAGGGCAAGAGCAACAAGAGGCGUACCAAGAAGGACGAAGUGGAUCUGGAAGAGGAGCUCGACGAUAUCAUCGCGGACCUGAAGGUCAGGAUGGAGACCGCGUGCCAGGAGGACAACUUGGCGCGCGACGACGAUCGCGCCGCCGUGGCCAAGAUCAAGCUGCUGCCUGAGGUCAUGACACUGCUGAACCGGCAGCACAUCCAGCACGCCAUUCUGGACCCAGAGACGAACUUCCUGCAGGCGGUCAAGUACUUCCUCGAGCCCCUGCGGGCCGACGGGAGCUUGCCCGCCUACAACAUCCAGCGCGAGAUCUUCACCGCCCUGACCAAGAUGCCCAUCGAGAAGGAGGCCCUGUCGUCCAGCGGCAUCGGCCAGGUCGUGCUCUUCUACACCAAGACCAAGCGCGCCCAGCCAGAGAUCAAGCGCAUGGCUGAGCGGCUCAUGGGCGAGUGGAGCAGGCCCAUCCUCCAGCGGACCGAUGACUACAAGAAGAGGCAGAUCGAGGCGCGCUAUAUCGACCCAGACGCCCUCAAGUACAGAGGCCCCGGCUCCCAGUCGGCCCCCUCAUCGCAACAGUCCCUCGCCCACCGCCCUGGGAACAACGGCAAGAAGCAGAGCUCUGUGUCCGAGAGGCUGGCGGCCAAGCGAGCCGCCGCCCUCGAGCCCGUACGGGCGAACCCGAACCGUGCCCGCCCCGCCGGCAUGCCAGUCAGCUACACCAUCGCGCCCAUUUCGCAGCUCGGCAGCGGCAGCGGGCCCGAACACAGGCCCGUCGGCGCGGGCAGCAUGGAGGCGUUCAGGAAGAUCACGCAGGGCAAGAAGAAGAACUAG